GACUGUGUAGUUCUGAUGGAGCCCCCUUUGAGCAAGAGGAACCCGCCAGCGCUGAGGUUAGCGGAUUUGGCAACGGCUCAGGCCCAGCCGCUUCAGAACAUGACAGUCUUCCCGGCGCUGGUCCGCGCGCCCGCCCACUCCCAACGCCGCGCCGCCGCGCACCUCCGCCCGCUGGACCUGGGCGCUGACCCCGGCGUGGCCGCCACUCCGCUCGGACCUGAGCACAUGGCCCAGACGAGCGCGCUGGGCCUCGGCCCUUCCGCCCAGGCGCUCCCGGUGCAGCCUGAAGCUCCGGCGGCCGUCGCCCGCUCAGCAGCCUCGAUCCCGCACCCCGGCCGCGGGGGCAGCAGUGGCGCGCAGCUCUCCGCGCCCCCGCCCCCAGCCCCUCCUCUUCCUCCCUCCCCGUCGCCCCCUCCCCCUUCCCCUCCCCCGCCUCCUCCUCCUCCUCCUCCUCCUCCUGCCCUCUCGGGCUACACCACCACCAACAGUGGCGGCGGCGGCAGCAGCGGCAAAGGCCACAGCAGGGACUUCGUCCUCCGGAGGGACCUUUCCGCCACGGCCCCCGCGGCGGCCAUGCACGGGGCCCCGCUCGGAGGGGAGCAGCGGUCCGGCACCAGCUCCCCCCAGCACCCGGCCCCGCCUCCCCACUCGGCCGGCAUGUUCAUCUCGGCCAGCGGCACCUACGCGGGCCCGGAAGGCGGCGGCGGCGGCCCGGCGCUUUUCCCCGCGCUGCACGACGCGCCGGGGGCCCCCGGUGGCCACCCACACCCACUCAACGGCCAGAUGCGUCUUGGGCUGGCGGCGGCGGCGGCGGCGGCCGCGGCAGCCGAGCUGUACGGCCGCGCCGAGCCACCUUUCGCGCCGCGCUCGGGGGACGCGCACUACGGGGCGGUGGCGGCCGCGGCCGCCGCGGCCCUGCACGGCUACGGAGCCGUGAACUUAAACCUGAACCUGGCGGCGGCCGCGGCCGCGGCGGCGGCCGGGACUGGGCCCCACCUGCAGCACCACGCGCCGCCCCCGGCGCCUCCGCCGCCGCCGGCGUCCGCGCAGCACCCGCACCAGCACCACCCCCACCUCCCAGGGGCAGCCGGGGCCUUCCUGCGCUACAUGCGGCAGCCAAUCAAGCAGGAACUCAUCUGCAAGUGGAUCGACCCGGACGAGCUGGCCGGGCCGCCGCCGCCGCCGCCGCCACCGCCACCGCCCCCGGCCGGCGGCGCCAAGCCCUGCUCCAAAACUUUCGGCACCAUGCACGAGCUGGUGAACCACGUCACGGUGGAGCACGUGGGAGGCCCCGAGCAGAGCAGCCACGUCUGCUUCUGGGAGGACUGUCCGCGCGAGGGCAAGCCGUUCAAGGCCAAAUACAAGCUCAUCAACCACAUCCGCGUGCACACCGGCGAGAAGCCCUUCCCCUGCCCCUUCCCGGGCUGCGGCAAGGUCUUCGCGCGCUCCGAGAACCUCAAGAUCCACAAGCGCACUCAUACAGGAGAAAAGCCUUUCAAAUGUGAAUUUGAUGGCUGCGACCGGAAGUUUGCCAACAGCAGCGAUAGAAAGAAACACUCCCACGUGCACACCAGCGACAAGCCCUACUACUGCAAGAUUCGAGGUUGUGAUAAAUCCUACACUCACCCCAGCUCCCUGCGGAAGCACAUGAAGAUCCACUGCAAGUCCCCGCCACCUUCCCCGGGAGCCCUUGGCUACUCUGCGGUGGGGACUCCAGUGGGUGCCCCCUUGUCCCCUGUGCUGGACCCAGCCAGGAGCCGCUCCAGCACUCUGUCCCCUCAGGUGACCAACCUCAAUGAGUGGUAUGUUUGCCAGGCCAGCGGGGCCCCCACCCACCUCCACACACCUUCCAGCAACGGCACCACCUCCGAGUCUGAAGACGAGGAAAUGUAUGGGAACCCUGAAGUUGUGCGGACGAUACAUUAGAGUUUAUUAUUCUGAUCAAUGAUAAGUGAGAUAAUAACAGGGAGUCCUUGGACCAUAUCCUAACCUGAGACAAUGCUGAGCCUGAGACCGGGUCUAAUUAGCCCUAUUUAUUCACUAGGAAACCCUAUGGUGUUUGUACAUUUAAUUAAUUUAAUUAAGACAUUUGGGCUUUUUGUUUUUUCUCCUUCUUAAAAAACAAACAGAAAAACAACCAAGCUGGACUUGUACAUUGCAGGGGGACAGGGCUGGGGGCAAACUGUACCAAGGAAGAUGGAGAGAUUAAUCGAGAUACACACUGCCGAUGCUAUAUGUCUGUCUGUCUACCUAUAUAUGUAUGUGUAAAGGAGGAGAAAACAAGCAUUAAGUUAGAACUUAACACAGCCACCAGGCCCUCUUGUGUUUCCCAGGGUGCCUCUAGAAUGCCUUUGACACUACCACGUAGGCUGCUUUUGAGCCUCCUCGUUGGGCCCUAAUUCUGCAAAGGCCUCUUGAUUGUAAAACACACACUUGCUGCAUUGCCAACAGAUCCUGGACUGUGCCUGUGUCCAGAAAUAUUUGUAAAAGCCCUUUCAGUUCUAAUAUUUAUGAUUUUUUUUUAAAUGUCCACUUUUUUUUUUUUUUAACCAAUCUCAUUCUAGUGUGAUAUUUUUAUACGGGAUUAUUUGUUCAGUACCCUACUUGUGUGACUUCAGAAAAUGCGGCAACCUGGUAUCUCUUCAUCUGUUGUUACUGUGAUUGUUGAAGCAAAAGUGGAGAGAAAAAAAGCUGCUGCCAUAGACCACCUGUGAAACUGUGAUAUUUUAUAAAACAAGAAAUCCAAGUGCUUUCUUUUUCCUCUAUGGUGGGGUGUUUUUUGUUUUUUUUGUUUUUGUUUUUAAAUCUGAAAUCUCAGAUGCUGCCUCCUUACUAUGUCCAAACUUCUUGUGUAAUAAAGAGAUUUCUUUUCGAUCAAAACUUUGGGAUGCCGACAUUCACAGCGAGGUCUGAGGAGAUGUGAUGAUGGCAUCGUGCCUAUGUUUUUGAAAAGCUGUUUCAAAAACAGGCCAACUACUCUUUUAUACUGUUGUAUCAACAUUUUUAAAGUCUUUAUUUUUCAAUGCCUAAAGCUGCAUUUUCUUCACCUGAACACUGAGCACACAGAAGUCUACUCCAUUUGAAAAUGACAGUGUGUGAAGUGUAGGAUUUACAUGAAAAGGGGAGGGGGAUUGUUAUACAUAUUAAAAUUUUUAAAAGGUUUAUAGUUACCAGCAAACACUGAUGAAUGUGUGACCUUUGCCAGAUCUGUCAAGGGAGAAUCAGAAAGGUCAAGGACCUAGGACAAUAACUCGUAGUCAAUUUAUUUUCGGUUGGUACAACACAUCUCCUGUGCAAAAUGUAGUCCAUCAGAAGCAUCAUACAAAUAUACUAAAGAGCACUAAUUUACCCUCAGAGACCCUGAAGACACCCCCUCCCCCAGGGUUUGUAGAAAUUUGUUUUGUGUGCUGUGAGUGGUUGAUGUAGUCUUGUCAUUGUUAAUAACUUGUAUGUGAACACUUUUAUUUGUGCAGUUGAAUUAAUUUAUUUUUAGACAUCAUCUUUUUUUUUUUC